AUUUAAAUGUUUAAAGCGCACAAAAAUAUUUGUUGCGACUUUAUUGUUAUAACAAUUAUUAUACAAACAAUAUUGAUCUUUAAAAUCAUGUCCGUCGAAAUUCAAAAAACAAACGUUUCACUAUUCAGUGAUCAGACAGACGAAACGUUAUCCAUAAAGAACUUAAGAGAUAUUAUGAAAGCCGCAUCCAUCAGACUGGAGGACGAAGAAUUGAGAAAGAUGAUCAAAGAAGUGCAACAGACACCAAACGGAAGAAUCGAUUUUCCUAAACUCUUACAUUUACUGUCGAUAAAAAUUAAAAGUAACGAUUUCGAUGACGAAAUAAAGGAUGCUUUCAGAAUAUACGAAAAAGUGAAUAAUGGGACGAUCAGCGCCAUUGAACUUCGUUACGUCAUGAAGACCGUUUGGAGUAAAAUAAACGAAAAAAAUAUCGAAAAGAUGAUCGAACUGGAAAAAGACGAUAGAGGAUAUAUUAAUUACUGGGAUUUCAUUCAAAAAUUGCAAGCCAAAUGGAAAAAUCAACUGAUUUUAUGAACUUUAUUACAAAUUAAUCUGCCAUUUUUAAAAAACAAAAUUGAUUUAUGUUUAGUCUGUUUCGAUUUCAAUUCCUGCUACAUAACGUGCAUUUAAACAAAUUUUAAUAUAAAUUUUAGUCUAUAAGAGAUUAUUUUAACAAUAAAAAGUAUAUUCAA